AUGGCUUCCGCUACAAGUGUUCGAACCUUUAUCAAGGUGGUGCCUAAGAACGCCGCUUCACCAACUUGGUCUCUUCGUAUCGCCACUCGUCCCGCGAGCAAGAGCCUUGCAAGGCCGGUCUUCCAACGGUGCUCCCGGCGCCAUUUUUCAUCUCAGCCCCCACGCCAAUCCAACAAUAUUGGCACCAUGGGACUGAUAGCCGCCAUUGCUCUUCUCGCGGGUGGCGGGUACUACUUCAAUACUCAAGUUGCGGAGAGACAGACCAAGCCAAAGGCCGGAGCUCAAACCGCCAGCGUCUUCAAGCCGUCUGCCGAAGAUUACCAAAAGGUGUACAAUGCUAUUGCAAAAGCUAUUUGGGACAACGACGAGUAUGACGACGGGUCAUAUGGGCCUGUUCUACUUCGGUUGUCGUGGCACACAUCCGGAUCUUACGAUGCCGCAACCGGCACUGGGGGGAGCAAUGGUGCCACCAUGCGAUUCGCGCCAGAAAGCCAGUACGUUCCCAACAAAGGCCUGGAAAAUGCUCGCAAUUUCUUGGAACCUAUCAAAGCCCAGUUUCCCUGGAUCACCUACUCGGAUCUCUGGACUCUGGCGGGUGUCUGCGCCGUUCAGGAAAUGCAAGGACCCAUUGUCCCGUGGCGGCCUGGUCGACAAGACCGAGACGUCUCUUAUUGCUCACCCGAGGGCCGUCUACCAGAUGGGGAAAAGGACCAACAUCACGUCCGGGCCGUCUUUAACAGAAUGGGGUUCACCGACCAAGAAACGGUGGCUCUCAUCGGCGCCCACGCCGUCGGGCGCUGCCACCCGGACAGAUCCGGUUUCGACGGGCCCUGGACUUUCUCUCCGACAGUGUUCACCAACGAGUACUUCCGGCUGCUUGUGGAGGAGAAAUGGGGAUGGCGCAACUGGAAGGGGCCCAAACAAUACCAGGACCAGACCAGCAAGAGCCUCAUGAUGCUGCCCACAGACAUGUCGCUGAAACAGGACCCCAAGUUCAGGAAAUACGUCGAGAUUUAUGCCAAAGACGGCGACAAGUUCUUCAACGACUUCUCCGCCGCCUACUGCAAGUUGCUUGAGCUGGGGGUGCCCUUCGACAGCAGGCCCGAGGACAGAAUCACCUUCAAACCGACUAUCGAAUCGUAA